CGGUCUGCUCGCGCCGGCGCUGCUGUGGGCUCCGCGCCGGCCUUUGUCUGUCUGCGGGCGCGCGCCGCUGCGGUGUUCAAGAACAGCCCAUGGAAGAAUCAUAUGAAGAGGUGGUGAUUAAGGUCAUACGGCAGGCGUGGACAUGUUUGGAUUUCCAACAGCUACCCUGCUGGACUGUCACGGAAGAUAUGCUCAGAAUGUAGCAUUUUUCACGGUAGAAAUCAAGGAAGAGAAUGGUCUUGAUAUGGACGCAGUUUUGAGGUAGUCUCUGAGAAAAUGAAUGAGCAGCUUUACAUCUCAGCACAGUCACUGAACAAGGAUGUGAUGACAGAAGCCCACCACAAAUAUGACCACUCUGAGGCCACAGGAUCCUCAAGCUGGGAUUUCCAGAAUUCUUUCAGAAGGGAGAAGCUGGAACAAAAAUCCCCAGAUUCUAAGACACUACAGGAAGAUUCACCUGGAGUGAGACAGAGGGUCUAUGAGUGUCAGGAAUGUGGAAAAUCCUUCAGGCAAAAAGGUAGUCUAACCUUGCAUGAGAGAAUCCACACCGGUCAAAAGCCCUUUGAGUGUACCCAUUGUGGAAAAAGCUUCAGGGCCAAAGGCAAUCUUGUUACACAUCAGCGAAUACACACAGGAGAGAAGCCCUAUCAGUGCAAGGAGUGUGGGAAAAGCUUUAGUCAACGAGGUAGUCUGGCCGUGCACGAAAGACUCCACACUGGACAGAAACCGUAUGAGUGUGCUAUUUGUCAGAGAAGCUUCAGGAAUCAAAGUAACCUUGCUGUUCAUAGAAGAGUUCACAGUGGUGAAAAGCCCUAUAGAUGUGAUCAGUGUGGAAAAGCCUUCAGUCAGAAAGGAAGCUUAAUUGUUCACAUCAGAGUCCACACAGGCCUGAAACCCUAUGCCUGCACACAGUGCAGGAAGAGUUUCCACACCAGGGGGAAUUGUAUCCUGCAUGGCAAAAUCCACACAGGAGAGACACCCUAUCUGUGUGGCCAGUGUGGGAAAAGCUUUACUCAGAGGGGGAGUCUGGCCGUGCACCAGCGAAGCUGCUCACAAAGACUCACCCUUUGACCACUCUCUUCAAAUGAAGUUCUCUUUAUGAAUUAAAAGUACAAAAUCCUCAGAUCGAGCAACCUAUCCAAUUCUAUGGAAUGAAUGCAGACUCUUUCAGAAAGACCAUCAUUGGGUAGGGCAUACUGACUUUUUUCCUUUCCCCCAAAUGAAUAUGAAAAAUAAAUGUCUUGUUUAUUAUCAUUAUCACAUAUGUUUCAUAAUUUCUG